GAAGAUUAUAUGAAGUUUCGAAGUUUCAAGGCAAAGUUAAUAUGCACGAAGUUUAUCAGCUCCAUCAAAAUUUCAGGGUGCCAAGUAUUAGCCAUUGGAAAUGCCACCAAGAAAGAAGCCCAAGUCUUCAGCUUUGAAAUCAAACAAACAAUCUUCAGCUAAUCAUUCGUCACAACCUUCCACCUUUGGCAUCCAGCAGUUGUUCCUUCGACAUAUUCAGAACUCCCAAUCAACUUCCAACUCUCAUACCUCCACUGCUGACCCAGUUGAUCAACAGAAUGUGAAUGGUCUUGCCUCUGACACUGCAGUUUUAACGCCUCAAAACCCUCUAGGCACAUCGAAUGAGAAACCUGAUGAGUCCAAAGAUAUGGACCAGCAACUCACGGAGGCAUCUCCUAAGAUCUCCAAAAACCUGAAGCGCUUCUCUCCUGGAAUGCUGAUAAAGCAAAGUCAAGAUGACUGUGGUGGUGAGAUAACUUGGAAAAUCUCUCCAGUAAAUGAAAGACUUCGGGCAGCUGCUAAGAACAUUCCUAAGAUGAUGGACUUAACAGAAAAUUCACUAGGGAAGCAAUGUCCUACAUCAGGUAUAACUUCCAAGGUUGAGCAAUGGUUAUCUUCACCCUCAAAAAAAGCUUCCAAAAGACCAGCUUUUGCAACAAAUAGGGUCAUGGAAAGGGUAAAUCCUUCCCCAGAUGCAGAGUUUGAAAUUGUUAACACUUCAAGUAGUGGAAACAGUCCUUUCCAGACCCCACCGUCUCUUUCAUGCCCUCACAACAAGCUUCCUUGUACUGUAACGUGCAGCGGAGCUUGUGGAUCUAUGGGGGCUGGACAACAUAAAAAGGCCUUGCUUGAACUAUUAGAUCAAGUGGAGGAUGUCAUCGCAGUUGAUGACAAAACAACUGAUGAUGUGGGGAUUGUGAUGCCUCAAGCUCGAGUUAAAGAUGAUAUCAUCUCUUCUGUUGUUGAUUGCGCUGUAGAUGAAGGGCCAGUUUCUCUACCAAAAAUGCAGAAUUCCAUAAAUCCAGAUAGCUAUUUCCUUGUAUUGGAGGUAUCGGAGAAACGUGGCUCGGGUAGCUCAUCUAAGGGUCAAUGUCCUUAUAAGGUUCUUCGCUUGCUAGAUGAGCACACAGGAGUGGAAUGCGCUUUGUAUCUCUGGGAUGAAUGGUUUUACAGCACUGUAUCACCAGGAGAUUCAAUCAAUGUUAUUGGAGAGUUUGAUGGGGAUGGCAAGUGUGACGUGGACCGUCAAAACAAUUUCUUAAUUGUUCAUCCUGAUACCCUUGUUGCCGGAACUAGGGUUGCUGCAAGUUUUGGUUGCCCAAGGCGAACCGUGCUAGAUGAGAGGCUCAGAUCCAAUGAACACGCUACAGUAGCCUUACUUGGAACCUUGCAACACCAAGUUUUUCAGGCUGGUCUCUCGCAAGAAUCUCCAUCUGUAGAUGGUUUGCAAGAAUAUGCAAGCACAGUGAUUGAGAAAAGUAUUGAGAGCUUAUAUGCAUGCGGAGUGCAUGAAGGAGACGUGAGAUCAACUUUAUUUAAAGCUAUCCCGAAAAUGUUGAAUUGGAUUGAGCAUUUCAGAUAUUCGAAGGACUCAGAAGUAUCAAAAGUUGAUUUUGGUUCUACCAUUGGGAAGAAAGCUGUUAAGGUAUCAGAGGUAAUUGAUAUUGAGGAGAUGUCAUGGGCCCCUAAAUAUGGUCUCAAAGGGAUGAUCGAUGCUUCGGUCAGAGUGAUAGUUGAAUCUGACAUGAACACAGUGAAUGAGAAGAUAAUGCCCCUUGAGUUUAAAUCUGGAAAAGCUCCUAGUGGUCAGUCAUCAAUAGAGCAUUCUGCACAGGUGAUCCUGUACACGCUCCUUAUGUCUGAGAGGUACCUGAAGCAUAUUGACAAUGGCCUUCUGUACUAUCUACAGUCAGAUCAGACCCAGGGAAUUUCUGUUCAACGAUCAGAUUUGGUGGGUCUGAUUAUUCGUCGCAAUGAACUUGCAAAUGACAUUCUUGUGGCGUCAACAACCCAGCAACUGCCGCCGAUGUUACGGAACCCAAACAUAUGCCGGAACUGUCGCCAUCUGGAUGUUUGCACAAUUUAUCAUAAGGCAGAUGGUGGAAACACAGAGAGUAGCGGACUUGGUGAUGUCUUUGACACACAUGUUUCUCAUCUAUCAACUUUACAUUUCAAUUUCCUCCGACACUGGGACAGGCUAAUUGACUUGGAAGGUAGAGAGAUGCAGCUUCUACGGAAAGAUAUUGCGCAUCCACAUGGUUCAAAGGGCAGCCACUCAGCUAGUUAUCUUUCUUCAAUGGUUCUUGACGUGACAAAUGGGUUUCAGCAUCAUAACUCUCAUAAAGAAACUAGAUUCAUCUAUCGUUUUGUACGUCAAAAAUCAUCUGAAUCUAGAGAAAGAGUAACCAGUGAAGAUAUGAUUAGGACUGGAAACCUUGCAACUGAUGACCUGGAUUGCAAACUUAGAACUGGAGAUCGUGUGAUUCUUCGCACAGAAGUCAGCCACCUGACCGUUGCAAAUGGGAUUAUAGCAGAUAUUAGUCGCACACAUAUAUCAGUUUCUUUAUCCAAGCGAUUACGUCUUCCUUGGAGCGAACCUUCUUCUGAGGUAUCAAAUCUCUCUCAUGAGUUAUGGAGAAUUUACAAGGAUGAAUUCAUGACAUCAUUUUCGGUUAUGAGGUUCAAUCUCAUGCAGCUUUUCGUACAAAAUGGACAUAACAUCAGGAAAAUGAUUGUGGAUCUCGAGCCUCCUAGAUUUGACAAUGGAUCUAUACUGAGCCAGGAUCCUGCAAUAUCAUAUAUUUGGUCAGAAAAGAGUCUGAAUAAUGAUCAGCGCCAAGCUAUACUUAAGAUACUCACUGCAAAGGACUAUGCUUUGAUAUUAGGAAUGCCUGGAACAGGAAAAACCUCCACAAUGGUUCAUGCUGUGAAAGCUUUGUUGAUCAGAGGCUCAUCUAUUCUGCUUGCAUCGUACACAAACUCUGCUGUUGAUAAUCUACUUAUCAAACUAAAAGCACAGGGAAUUGAGUUUCUACGUAUUGGUAGAGACGAGGCUGUACACGAAGAAGUUCGAGAAAGUUGCUUUUCAGCCAUGAAUAUGUGCAGUGUCGAGGACAUAAAGAAAAAGUUGGACCAGGUCAAAGUUGUGGCCUCUACAUGUUUGGGAAUCAAUAGUCCUUUGCUUGUGAAUAGGCGAUUUGAUGUAUGCAUUAUUGAUGAAGCUGGCCAGAUUGCCCUCCCUGUUUCGAUAGGGCCCUUGCUGUUUGCAUCUACCUUUGUACUUGUUGGUGACCACUAUCAACUACCGCCACUGGUGCAGAGUACAGAGGCUAGAGAGAAUGGGAUGGGAAUAAGCUUGUUUCGCAGGUUAUCAGAAGCCCAUCCUCAGGCAAUUUCAGUGUUACAAAACCAGUACCGAAUGUGUCGAGGUAUUAUGGAACUAUCAAAUGCCUUGAUAUAUGGAGACAGAUUAUGCUGCGGUUCUGCUGAAGUAGCUGAUGCCACACUUGUGCUUUCUACCUCCAGUUCUACUUCGCCAUGGCUUAAAAAGGUUCUGGAGCCAACAAGAACAGUUGUAUUUGUUAAUACAGAUAUGCUGCGUGCUUUUGAAGCUAGGGAUCAGAAUGCGAUCAACAAUCCAGUUGAAGCUUCCAUAAUAGCUGAGAUUGUAGAGGAGCUAGUUAACAAUGGAGUGGAUAGUAAAGAUAUUGGAAUCAUUACUCCUUAUAACUCACAAGCCAGCCUCAUUCAACAUGCCAUUCCGACAACUCCUGUGGAGAUACAUACUAUUGACAAAUAUCAGGGAAGAGAUAAAGACUGCAUAUUGGUAUCUUUUGUGAGAUCGCGAGAGAAACCAAGGAGCUCUGCUUCUUCACUGCUCGGAGAUUGGCAUAGGAUCAACGUUGCUUUGACACGAGCAAAGAAAAAGCUGAUAAUGGUGGGAUCACAAAGAACACUCUCAAGAGUUCCACUUCUGAUGCUUCUUCUAAACAAGGUUAAGGAGCAGUCAGGUAUCUUGAAUCUGUUGCCGGGAGAUUUAAAACCAUAACAACUCAUCAAGAAACGUUUCAAAUAUCACAAUUUUAACUUGUAUCUCCAUUUUUGUCCAAAAGGAAUGAUAAUGUAUAAUCGAUUUACUUUCCGAGUCUGAAUUUGUUGAUAAGAAAGAAAUCAGGAGAGCAUGAAUCACUUGCAUAAUGACAUGUAACAGAAAAGCGGAGAUAUUGUAAUGAUGGAGAAGUUUCAUUUGAAGGUUAGCUCAGUUAACGUUAUGACAGUAGAUUUUGAACGAACAAAGAACCACACACCAGAAGAUACACACAACUACCAAACCCAGGUCU